AAAAUGACGGUUGAUUCAAGUCACAUUUCAACGACCGAAUCAUUCGAAAAGAAGCGCCACGAGAACUGACACCGCGCCGCGAUCUCCGCGAUCGAACGAGAUUCCACGAGAACCGGAGUCGAGACUGAAAGGUCCACCAAAAUUUGAAUACACAAGAUGUCUGGUAUAGCUAUUGCCCGUCUUGCUGAAGAACGAAAGGCAUGGAGGAAAGAUCACCCUUUUGGCUUCAUUGCACGUCCCACAAAGAACCCUGAUGGUACACUCAAUUUAAUGAACUGGGAAUGUGCUAUUCCAGGAAAGAAGGGAACCCCAUGGGAAAGUGGCCUAUAUCGACUGCGCAUGAUUUUCAAAGAUGACUACCCAUCGACUCCACCAAAGUGCAAGUUUGAGCCUCCACUGUUUCACCCAAAUGUCUAUCCAUCAGGAACAGUUUGUUUGUCACUGUUAGAUGAAGAAAAGGAUUGGCGACCUGCAAUUACCAUCAAGCAGAUUCUGCUUGGUAUUCAGGAUUUGCUUAAUGACCCCAAUAUUAAAGAUCCGGCACAGGCUGAAGCAUACACAAUCUAUUGCCAAAAUCGUUUGGAGUACGAGAAGAGAGUUCGAGCACAAGCCAAGGCCAUGUCAGCACCUUUUGAGUAGAUUUUCAUGUUUUAUCACACUUGAAACCAAACUUGAUGGGGUAUCGUAAUCUUUCUUUCUUAAGUUCAACGGGUUAAGCUCCUGUUCCAUAACGUAUAUACUGUACACUAUAUAUAUAUUUAUAUAACAUAUAUGUUAGCUCUGUAACAAGUUCAUUCCAUUAUGUCUUCUUGUAAGUUGCCUUUGGUUUUUACAGUUUACACGACGUGAAAGAUUACGUUAUUACUUAUGGAAACAUGACUCUUCUGAUUUAUUUUUAAUCCUUCCUCCUAUCUGUCUCAGUCACAUUUGCGCUUUUCUCAACGAUGGAUAUUAAUAAAUAAUUUUUUACCAAA